AUGCAAAUUGUGUUAUGGUCUCUUUGUUUUGUUCAGCAAAAGUCAUCCGGGAAGGCGCUGUUUAACCUGAGUUGCAGCCAUCUAAACCUUGCUGAAAAGGAAUAUUUUGGAUUAGAAUUCUGUAGCCAUUCUGGAAAUAAUGUCUGGUUGGAACUUCUGAAGCCUAUUACAAAACAAAUAAAAAACCCUAAGGAGGUUGUUUUCAAAUUUCUGGUGAAAUUUUUCCCAGUGGACCCUGGACAUCUACAAGAAGAGCUUACAAGGUAUCUUUUUACUCUUCAAAUAAAGAAGGAUUUGGCUCUGGGAAGGCUUCCAUGCAGUGACAACUGUACAGCGUUGAUGGUAUCUCACAUCUUACAAUCAGAACUGGGAGACUUUCAUGAAGAAAUAGAUAGGAAACAUCUGUCACAAACCCGUUACUUACCGAACCAAGACUGUUUAGAGAGCAAGAUCAUGCACUUUCAUCAGAAGCACAUUGGCAAGAACCCAGCUGAAUCUGACAUUCUGCUACUGGACAUAGCAAGGAAGUUGGAUAUGUAUGGCAUCAGGCCUCAACCCGCCAGUGACGGUGAAGGGAUGCAAAUCCACCUAGCUGUUGCUCACAUGGGAGUACUGGUGUUACGGGGAAAUACAAAGAUUAAUACUUUCAAUUGGGCUAAAAUUCGCAAGUUGAGUUUUAAGAGAAAGCAUUUUCUCAUCAAACUUCACGCCAACAUCUUGGUGUUGUGCAAGGAUACCUUGGAGUUCACCAUGGCCAGCCGAGAUGUCUGUAAGGCUUUCUGGAAGACUUGUGUGGAAUACCAUGCUUUCUUCAGACUCUCUGAAGAGCCCAAAUCAAAGCCCAAAACCCUACUCUGCAGCAAGGGUUCCAGUUUCCGCUAUAGUGGAAGAACCCAAAGGCAACUUUUGGAAUAUGGGGGGAAAAGGAGGUUAAAGAGCUUGCCAUUUGAAAGGAAACAUUACCCAUCUCAGUACCAUGAACGACAGUGCAGGUCCUCACCAGACCUCCUCUCUGAUGUCUCAAAACAAGUGGAAGAUUUGAGACUAGCAUAUGGCAGUGGGUACUACCGAAAUGUGAAUGGAGUGCACGCAUCUGAGCCUGUGCUAGACAGUAGGAGGAGAAACUCUGCAUUGGAGGUGACAUUUGCAGCAGAGCUGGAGCGUUCCAAACCAGAGGCAGAUCCCACAUUGUUACAUCAAUCGCAAAGCAGUUCCUCUUUCUCUUUUUUUAAUACUGAUCCUGUCUUUACCACUGACCCUGAUCCUGACACUGAUUCUAGAGACUACUUUGAGGAAAGAAGUCCUUUGAGCUCCUUCCGAACAAGCUGUAAGUUUGCUGACAAUCACAUGAACACAUCUUCUGGCCUUACGAGCGAAGUGAGUCCAGCAAGGAGGCUAACAUAUACAGAUGUCCCAUAUAUUCCUUGUACUGGUCAGCAGGUUGAUAUUAUGCCUCCUCAAAUAUUUUUUUAUAUGGACAAUCCACCCCAGGUGCCCAGAUGGUCUCCAAUUAUGGUAGAGGAAAGGGAAAAGCUAGACAGUUAUAUAGAACCCACUUCAAUGAAGCCAGCCAAAAGAAGCCCAAGGAAUAUCAGAAUGAAGAGCUUUCAGCAAGACUGUCAAGAACUCCAAGAAGCUAUGGAUAGGACAAGUGGUAGGAGCAACAUAAACGUAGAUCUAGAAGAUCCAGAUUUAGAAGAUGCAUUUGCAUAUAAUAUUCAAGAGCAACCCCCUAAACGCUCCCAUAGCCAAUCAGACAUGAAAACUAUCCGUUUUCCUUUUGGGUCAGAAUUUAGACCUUUAGGGCCUUGUCCUGCUCUGAGUUGUAAAGCUGACCUGUUUACUGAUAUGUUUGCAGAGCAGGAGUUUCCAACAGCUCUAAUGGAUCAGGGAGCAGCAGAAAGGUGUGUAGCUAAUGAAUCCAGUGAUUCUGAAUCAGAGUUUCUUAAACCAGACUAUUACUCUUUGUAUGGUAAAGGAAUGAGGUCACCCAUGGCCAGAAUUCGCUUGUCUUCUGGUAGUCUACAGCUAGAUGAAGAAGAUGAAAAUGUUUCUUCCAAUACCACAACUGCUGAAGACAGGACUUUAUUAAAACCAUGUAAUUACUUUUUAGCUUAAAAGUGUAAAUUUUGUGACCAUAUUUGGACCAGUCCUGUUACCAACUUAGGUAACAAGAAGGAACCUUCUGCAUAAACCGUUUUCUUAGUUCCUA